UUACACUCGGUUAAACAUUAAUACCAUUUGCUUCGUAACGGGUCAGAAACAUUGUCCUUUGAUUACUUUUUAGAUAAACUGGUCUGUGUCUCUUUUGCACUGAACAAUUGGACGCGUUCUCUUUCCGUAUUCAAUUUUGCGCUUCCCCAGAAAGGCGGAAGGAAUGUUGCAACAAUGAAAGGCUUUGGAGUGUUUGUUACUGUAACCGUUUUUGGAACUCUGCUGUGUCUCAGCGUUCGAGGGGCGACGCGGCGGCUUGGCGGACACUCGGGCAAAAAUAAUGUCAUCCAGGCAUUCGUCGUUCCUCACAGUCACAUGGACGUUGGUUGGGUUUACACCGUGGAGGAGAGUAUGCAUGCAUAUGCAGCCAAUGUUUACACCACUGUUGUGGAGGAACUGGUAAAGAAGAAACAGCACAAAUUUAUUGCUGUAGAGCAAGAGUUCUUUCGACUCUGGUGGGAUAAGGUAGCCACUGAUACACAGAAAAAGCAGGUGCAUCAGUUGCUGGAGGAGGGGCAGUUAGAGUUUAUCAUCGGAGGACAAGUAAUGCAUGAUGAAGCAGUAACAGAACUCAGUUCCCAGAUCUUGCAACUCACAGAAGGGCAUGGCUUCCUAUACGAAACAUUUGGAAAACGACCUCAGUUUUCGUGGCAUGUGGACCCCUUUGGUGCCUCAGCCACCACACCCAUAGUAUUUGCUUUGGCUGGUUUUAAUGCUCACCUCAUCUCUCGCAUUGACUAUGAUGAAAAGGACAUGAUGCAGAAAAAGAAGAAACUUCAGUUUGUCUGGCAAGGUUCUCCCUCUUUGGCUGAGAAACAGGAGAUCUUCACUCAUACAAUGGAUCAAUACAGUUACUGUGUUCCAGCUUCCCUGCCAUUUUCCAACAGAUCUGGCUUUUAUUGGAAUGGAAUUGCAGUGUUUCCUGACCCUCCUAAAGAUGGAAUUUACCCUAAUAUGAGUCUCCCAGUGACCGCUCAGACAAUUCACGCCUAUGCAGAGACCAUGGUAGCAAACAUAAAGGAGAGGGCAGCCUGGUUCAGAUCCAAUCACGUUCUGUGGCCGUGGGGCUGUGACAAGCAGUUUUUCAAUGCCUCUGUACAGUUUGAGAACAUGGAUCCAUUAAUGGAUUAUGUCAACCAACAUGGAGAUAAAUUUGGAGUCACAGUGCAAUAUGCAACAUUGAGUGAAUAUUUUCAAGCAAUUCACAAUGCAAACCUGACUUGGGACAUCCGAAAGAGUCAGGAUUUUCUCCCUUACUCCUCAGAGCCAUUUCAGGCCUGGACUGGAUUUUAUGCCUCCCGGAACAUGCUUAAAGGAUUGGCCCGAAGAGCAAAUUCUUUCCUUUACGCUUGUGAAUCUCUUUUCACUUUGUAUCUCAUGAAAUACCCAUUUGGAUCUAUUGAUAAAUUCUGGGCCCUUCACAAAAUUCAGCAGCUAAGAUGGGCUGUAUCAGAGGUACAACAUCAUGAUGGUAUAACUGGAACGGAAUCUCCCAAAGUGAGAGAUAUGUACAUGGAUCACCUACUGCAAGGGAUGAGCGCUGUGAAAUUGGUAAUGGCUGCCAUAUUUCAAGAAACUCUGAAUGGUGGGAAGAGUAAAUUUGAUUAUUCUCUUCCUUACAGACAGGACACCAGAAAUAGAGAGGAUGAUUCUUUAGAGAUCACAGUAUACAAUCCUCUUGGAUGGAACAUCACAACGAUAGUUAAUAUCACAGUUGCUGAUUCAGUGGUCAAUGUGUAUGACGAUGCCGGAAAUGCUGUACCAUCGCAGAUACAGAAAUCUGCCGGCUCUAACAGCUCUUUUGAUCUGUAUGUUCUCGUAAGGCUGGGUGCUCUCAGUUAUCGCAGGUACUUAGUAAAAGCAACAAAAUCAAUUUGCACCAAGGGACUAGAAGGCCAAUGUACUAAAGAACCAACCUCGUACAUGGGGAAAGAGAUUGCAUUUGACAGAAAAUUGGUUGGCAAAUUGAAAAAUCGAGGCCUUAGACUGUUCCCAUUGAUGAAUGAGUGCUAUUUAUUGUUGCUCAACAAAGAUACUAACCUGUUGCACAGCAUCACCAACAGGUCCUCCCAGAAAACUGUCAAAAUAAAGCAGGAAUUCUUGGAGUACCAUGCUAAUGGAGAUGUAAAACGGGGCCCAAUUUCCGAUAAUUACAUAUUCACACCAAAUGGACCCGCAGUGACAGUGUCAAAGUCUGUUGGAAUAGAAAUCAUUACUGGAACACUAGUAACCGAAAUGAGGCAGUACUUUUAUAGCCAUGAGUCUGCCCUGGCAAAUGAAUACCAGUAUGCAAUAUUCACGAGGAUCUAUAACGUACCCAAAGGGUAUGAUGGAUCACAAUUGUGCCGUAGAAUUGAGCAGGAGUAUAUUGUUGGGCCACUAGACUUAAACAAAGAAGCAAUUUUAAGGAUGACUACAGAUCUAAAAACAGAUAGGACCAUUUUCACUGAUGGUAAUGGUUACCAGAUGAUGAAGAGACAGUAUAAGGUUCACACCAACAAUACUCUGGCCAGGAACUACUACCCUCUUGUAAGGACAGCUUAUAUUGAGGAAAAUGGCACAAGGCUCGUUAUGAUAUCUGAGAGAGCACAUGGUAUUUCCAGCCAGGCUGAUGGGCAAGUGGAGAUAAUGCUUCAUCGAAGAUUGUGGAACAACAAGGAGUGGAACCUGGCCUACAACCUUACACUGAAUGACACCUCUAUUGUCCGUCCACUUUUCUGGCUAAUGGUCGGUUCAAAGUCCACAACCUCUUCCUUGUACCAGAGCGGGUUGGCUCUCGAGUUUAGACCUGUCGUUGCAUUUGGGCCUGCCUCGGGUAAAGCAGUACUUAUCCAACCAAACAAAUCACAUGGUGACAAUGAAGCAAAUUACUUCUCUCUGCCAUACAACCUUCAUCUUCUAACACUUUCCGUGCCUGGGUGGCGAUACAAUUCAAACCACAAUGAACAUCUACAAAAUUUAAUUCGAGGUAAACGGUCUAAACCAGACUUAAGCCGGGUUCUGCUGAGAAUUCUGCAUUUAUAUGAGGUGGGAGAAGACCGUGUGCUAUCCCAACCUGUGACAGUCAAUUUGAAGGAUUUGCUGAAACCGUUGGGAACAGUGGUAUCUAUAGAAGAGCGCUCGCUCACAGGAACCUGGAAUGUUGACGCCCUCCAACGUUGGAAGUGGAGAACGGCACAGCAACAUGACAUGGAUCUUCACAAUUCUGCAAGUCCGACUGAAGGAUUUACUGUCACCAUUCAUCCCAAGGAGCUGAGAACUUUUUUUGUGUACUUCAAGAAGUGAAAAAAAAGACAAGUGAUGUCUUAAAACCAAUCUCCCCUCACGGUGCUGCUUAAUCAUUUGAGUUCCUUCCCAGAUUGUUUGUUGCUCCAAACUCCAGCAUCUGCAGGCUCUUCUGUCUCCAACCUUAAAAUAAAAUUCUUGUUUACGUGAAAAUUUAAAAAAAUACAUCAAGAUGAAGCCGGCAGCCUUAUCUAGAAGUUUACCAGUGAAGAUUUUAAUACUACCGUGUUUUUUUUUAGGUAUUUGAUUCAAAAUUAAUGUGUAAAUUAUUUUAUAUAAAUGUGAUUGUACCUGAAAGAAUGGAGGACAAGUUGUUUGAUAAAUGAAUUUGGCACUUGAGUGCCAUCAGUUGAGAGGUAACUGCCUUCAAUAAAGCAUGUUCUGAUGGUAA